CAGCCAUUGGUUAGUUGUCACGGGUUUAAUAGAGUGGGCUCUUUUGGUGGAAGAGUUAGCUUGUCAGUCUCUCUUGUUAAGGCAGUGCUGCGUGCACUUAUCUCCCAGCUUUUGUUUCAGGAGCUGAAGCUAACACAUCGGCAGUCAAGCAAUAACGUUACCUCAAAAUGAAACGAGUCUGGGUGAUAGGUCUUCUUUUUGCACUCUUUGCCUUUGCUGCUGUAAAGGCAGAGGAUGAACUUGACAUCGAUGGGGCAGUAGAAGAGGACUUAGGUAAAAGCCGAGAUGGCUCCAGAACAGAUGAUGAGGUAGUGCAGAGAGAGGAGGAGGCCAUCCAGCUGGAUGGAUUGAAUGCAGCUCAGAUCAAGGAAAUCCGAGACAAGUCAGAAAAACAUGUCUUUCAGGCUGAAGUCAGUCGUAUGAUGAAGCUGAUUAUCAACUCCCUCUACAAGAACAAGGAGAUCUUCCUUAGGGAGCUGAUUUCCAACGCCUCAGAUGCUCUAGAUAAGAUCCGCUUGAUGUCUCUGACCAAUGAGGAUGCAAUGGCCACCAAUGAGGAGCUGACCAUCAAAAUAAAAUCUGAUAAGGAGAAGAACAUGCUCCACAUCACUGACACUGGUAUUGGAAUGACCAAAGAGGAGCUGGUGAAGAACUUGGGCACCAUUGCCAAGUCCGGCACUAGCGAGUUUCUCAACAAGAUGGCCGAUGUGCAGGCAGAGGAACAGUCAACGUCUGAGCUAAUUGGCCAGUUCGGUGUGGGUUUCUACUCCGCUUUCCUCAUUGCCGACAAAGUCAUUGUGACAUCCAAACACAACAAUGACACCCAGCACAUCUGGGAGUCGGACUCUAAUCAGUUCUCUGUUAUCGAGGACCCCCGUGGAAACACACUGGGCCGGGGAUCCACCAUCACACUUGUUCUCAAAGAGGAGGCCUCAGACUAUCUGGAGCUGGAAACCAUCAAGAACCUCGUCAAGAAAUACUCUCAAUUCAUCAACUUCCCUAUCUACGUUUGGGCCAGCAAGACUGAGACAGUUGAGGAGCCCAUCGAGGAAGACGCUGAGACUGCAGAGGAACCAGAGAAAGAAGCUGCUGAAGAGGAGGCUGAAGUAGAGGAAGAGGAGGAAGACAAGGAGAAGCCUAAGACAAAGAAGGUUGAGAAGACUGUGUGGGACUGGGAACUGAUGAAUGAUAUCAAGCCCAUCUGGCAGAGACCAGCAAAGGAGGUUGAGGAGGAUGAGUACAACGCUUUCUACAAGACAUUUUCUAAGGACAGCGAAAACCCUCUGGCCCACAUCCAUUUCACGGCUGAGGGUGAGGUUACCUUUAAGUCCAUCCUGUUCGUGCCCACUGCAGCCCCCCGCGGCCUGUUUGACGAGUAUGGCUCCAAGAAGAACGACUACAUCAAGCUGUUUGUGAGGAGAGUUUUCAUCACCGAUGACUUCAACGACAUGAUGCCCAAGUACCUGAACUUUGUUAAGGGAGUGGUGGACUCUGAUGACCUUCCCCUGAAUGUGUCCAGAGAGACUCUGCAGCAACACAAACUGCUUAAGGUUAUCCGCAAGAAGCUUGUGCGUAAGACUUUGGACAUGAUCAAGAAGAUUGCCGAGGAGCAUUACAACGAUAAGUUCUGGAAGGAGUUUGGAACCAACAUCAAGCUGGGUGUCAUUGAGGAUCACUCCAACAGGACCCGUCUGGCCAAGCUGCUGCGCUUCCAGACCUCCAACAGCGAAACAGCUGUGGCCAGCCUGGAGCAGUAUGUGGAGCGCAUGAAGGAGAAGCAGGACAAAAUCUACUUCAUGGCUGGUACCAGCAGAAAGGAGGCUGAGUCUUCUCCCUUCGUGGAGAGGCUGCUGAAGAAGGGCUAUGAGGUGAUCUACCUCACAGAGCCUGUGGAUGAGUACUGCAUCCAGGCACUGCCAGAGUUUGAUGGAAAACGCUUCCAGAACGUUGCAAAAGAGGGUGUUAAAUUUGACGAGAGCGACAAGACCAAGGAGAAGAGGGAGGCCCUGGAGAAGGAGUAUGAACCUCUCACCACUUGGCUGAAAGACAAGGCCCUGAAGGACAAGAUCGAAAAGGCCAUCCUCUCUCAGAGGCUAACCAACUCACCGUGCGCUUUGGUUGCCAGUCAGUACGGCUGGUCAGGAAACAUGGAAAGGAUCAUGAAGGCACAGGCUUACCAGACGGGAAAAGACAUUUCCACAAACUAUUACGCCAGCCAGAAGAAGACAUUAGAAAUCAACCCAAAACAUCCCCUCAUCAAGCAGAUGCUUAACAGAGUCAAUGAAGACGGUGAGGACCAGACUGCGUCAGAUCUGGCUGUGGUUCUGUUUGAGACGGCCACGCUGCGCUCAGGCUACCAACUUGCGGACACGAAGGCUUAUGGACAGAGGAUAGAGCGCAUGCUCCGACUCAGCAUGAAUGUCCCCCUGGACGAACAGAUUGAAGAAGAGCCCGAGGAGGAGCCGGAAGAGCCCGAGGAGGAACCAGCAGAGGAUGACUCUGAAGAUAAGGAGGAAAUUGUGGACGACGAAGAUGAAGAAACGACAAAAUCAGACAAAGAUGAACUGUGAAGCACUGAAUAGAAGAGCACGUAACAAUGGAGCUGGAAGUGGGUUUCUCUUGUUCCAGCGUCACCGUGGUCAACGUUAUCCUGGGUGGGAUCCCUGUGUUGGGUUUUUUUAAGGCGAUCAAUGUUGGUUUUGUUUUUUUAUUACAUUCCUCAUGACUGUAAAUUUGUUAAUAUUUAACUGACCCGUUUAUGGAAAGAAGCGAUCCUGUCUCUUGAUCGAAUAAAUGUUUCCUGGAAAAAGGA